GCAGUGGUUUAACUUCAAGAUGUGUACUUUUGCAGUUCGUGUGUUUUUGGGAAUUCUUCUUUUUACGCCGCACCAGUGCUUGGGGUGUCCGUUGGGCUGCGAGUGUUUUGCUGUCACUCGCACAGUGAAAUGUGUUUCGAAGGAUCUGCUCACGGUGCCACAAAGUGUUCCAGGAUAUACAAAGUCUGUGAUCAUCACAGGGAAUAAUAUACACCAGAUUUCACCUGAUUCAUUUACAGAGAUGGAGAAUGUCACCAACAUCAUUUUAAGCAAUAAUAGGAUCACAGAGAUGGAAUCCCACAGCUUCUCCGUCCUCAUCAACCUGCGUUUCUUGGACCUCAGUGGGAACCAGCUGGCACUCAUCCAUCCUGAGGCUCUCAGCAUACCUGGCAGUCCCCUUCAGGAGCUCAACCUGAGCCGCUCGCUGUACAACUUCACUGCCGUGACAGAUCUCACCACGGCCCUGCGCUGGGGCGGCCUCAUGGGGCUCCUCCGCCUUGACCUGUCAGGAAACCACCUUGCUCUACUUCCCCCAGGGAUGUUCUCCCACCUUCCCAACCUGCAUCAGCUCUUCCUCACCAACAACUCUUUGGUAACCAUCUAUAGUGGGACCUUCUCUGGCCUGAACCAUCUGCAGGUGCUGGACCUGACACACAAUGCCUUCAAGACAUUUGGUGCUGAUUCUCUACAAGAGCUGGAGAUGCUUGGCAACAUCCGCAUCCUUCUUGGUAACAAUCCUUUCACUUGCACCUGUGAAAUCCAUGAUUUUGUUAUUUGGCUGAAUGAAUCAAGAGCUCAGCUGGACGUGGAUGCUGUGCGGUGUGCCACACCAGGACUGGUAUCCAACUCCCAGCUGCGAGGACUCAGUGACCAGGCCAUCGGGUGUGUUGUUCCAGUUCAAGCAGAGGUGGCCGACCUCACUCUGCAGACGUCCUACGUGUUCCUGGGUCUGGUGCUGGGGUGUGUGGGCAUAGUCUUUCUUCUUGUGCUUUACCUGAAUCGCAAAGGAAUGAAGAAGUGGAUUAUUGAAAUGAGAGAUGCAUGUCGAGACGUCCUGGAGGGAUAUCACUACCGAUAUGAGAUUGACUCGGACCCCAGGCUGGGCCACAUCCCAGCAGACAACAGUGGCAGCAGAGCACAAGGGCAUUUAAGGUUAGCUCUGUCACAGCAGCUGCCAACUGACACCUGUAUUGUCCAGGUUCCCACAGACACACAGGUCAAAAAGAUGACCGCCUCACCCCCAUCUGUGAACUUAUGAUCUCAUAUGAAAUUUGUCCAAAUAUGAGCUUGAUGUAUUAAUAGUUAAUAGUUUAGGAGAGUACAUUUAUAAAUACAUUUUAUGCUUUUGAUCUUCCUGUACAUACUGUACUGCAGUUAUAGCCUAAAUUAUAAAUAUCACCCUACAAGUGCCUUUGUGUUUUUGAGGCACUAGAAUAUUGUUUUGUAAAGUGACAUUAAUAUUGUAGGUUUUUCAUAAAUUUUAUAAGAAUAUAAUGCAAGAUACAAGAUAGGUUGAACUCACACUAGAUGAACAUCUAGCUUCUUUUUUUCUUUUUAGUGUGAUUCCAUUGUAUAAUCUUGAGGUACUACUUUAGAAAAUAGAUGAAUGAUUGUUAUCAUAGAUACAAACUUCAAGAACAGAUCUUCAAUAGGUUUUCUAUGUGUCAACUCGAGAAAUAUCAAUUUGAAUGUAUAGUCAGCUGUGCUGCUUUAUUUUGCUGAGUAGUAUUCAUAAUGUGACCUGGAUUACAGUCGAA